UCCUACUACAAGUCGGUGUCGGAUAUACUUUCUCGAUUCGAUUACAAAGUGCGUUUUAAUUUCACGGGAGAGUUGAUCCCGAGAGUUAGUCCUCGUUCGUGGCUACGAAUUCUUCGGGGAUUCUUCAGCAAAGACUACGGCAACGUAAUGAAACACUGAUCGCAUGCCAAAGACACAGAGGUUCCUUUGGGUGAGUGAAUUUAUUUUCGGCACAAGCCUCGGUAGCGCAGUAGGCAGCGCGUAAGUCUUAAGGUCGUGAGUUCGAUCCUCACCCGGGGCAUAAUUUUGCAUCUCGUGAGACUCGCAGGCUCAUAUUUUCAAGGUCCAGACGGGAGAAUAUGGAAAUUGGCAAGAAUAUGCGGAUCCGCCACGACGAAACGAAAGCGAAGAAUUCGGUUCAGGAGUACGGUUUACAAAAUUAUAUAACAAAGUUCGCUAUCUCUAUAAAUAAAUCACUAUCAUUGCAUCAUUUCUUACUAAGAUUAGGACUGUUUUCUAAAUCUUUGAUGUGAUAAAAAUUCUCUGAUGAUAAAAAAGUCUGAUUUAAAUAGCACCUACAGCGAGUGGCUGCGACAAUUUUAGUCUAUCUAGUGCGAUAGCGCAAGUCGUGCAAUUUGUGGAUCUCGAAAAUUUGUACAUCGGAACACCUCGCGUUGAAAACUAAUUGAUAAACGAUAAUGUGGAGCUUCUACACGUGGACUUUGUUCUUAUUUACGGGGCUGAUAACCGCGGUCUUCUUCUACGUCAAAAGCCAGUUUUCAUUCUGGUCAAGGCGAGGCGUUCACUGCCGGAAACCGCACUGGUUCUUCGGCAGUCUAGGAGACUUCCAAGCCGGUAAGUUGGCCCUUCCCGAGUUGCUUCUGGACUUGUACAAGGAGUCGAAGGGCCAGAGAUUCGCCGGAAUCUGGGAGUUCUAUUCUCCCGAAUUGGUCGUCCUGUCGCCUGACUUGAUCCAGGACAUACUGGUGAGGGAUUUCGCGACAUGGUCGAGUCGCGGCGUGACCGUGAACCUGGACGUCGACCCGUUGGCGGCGAACUUGGUCAACCUCGAUGGAAAGAAGUGGAAGGUGGUUCGAAGCAAGCUGACGCCAACGUUCACCUCGGGAAAGCUCAAGCUGAUGCAAAAUCUGCUACUCGAGUGCAGCAGGGAGUUCAUGGAUCACUUGAAUCGCGUCACAUCGACGGACCAGAUGGUCGAGGUCAGAGAAUUGAGCGCCAAGUACUCGACGGACGUUAUAGGUUCCUGCAUAUUCGGAAUACAGAUGAACUCGCUGAGGGACGAGAACUCGAUAUUCCGCGAGAUAGGGAAAAAGAUAUUCCCCUCGUCCCGAAUCAAGACCAUCUGCAAAACCGUGCAGCUCCACUUUCCCUGGCUCUUCAGGCUACUUAAACUUUCGACGAGGACCCGCGAGGUCACGGAGUUCUUCAUCUCCCUGACAAAGGCCAACUUCAAGUACCGUGAGGAGAAAAACGAACGGCGAAACGAUUUCAUGGACCUUCUGAGGGACCUCAAAAACACCGAGGAACCGAUCGACGAAGACGAUAUCGAGUUCAACGACGAGCUUCUCGCAGCUCAGGCCUUCAUCUUCUUCGGUGCCGGCUUCGAGACCAGUUCUUCGACUCUAAGUUUUUGUCUUCACGAAUUGGCCGCGAAUAAAAAUCUCCAGGAUCGUCUGCGCGACGAGGUGCGACGUACCAAGGCGAAAAUGGACGGAGAUAUCACCUGGGAUGGAUUGAGGGACAUGAAGUAUCUGGACAUGGUAUUUCAGGAGACCCUGAGGAAGUAUCCACCGCUUCCGAUCCUCGUCAGGACCUCCGUUAAACCCUACCGCAUACCCGACACCGACGUCAUACUGCCCGAGGGAACGGGAUGCGUCGUGCCCAUCUACGCUCUCCAUCACGACCCAGAGUACUAUCCCGAUCCGCAGAAAUUCGACCCUGAAAGAUUCGCCGAGAAGCGGAAGAGCCAGCGAUCGCCUUUCACCUAUUUGCCCUUUGGAGGGGGUCCCAGAAUAUGCAUUGGUCUUCGGUUCGCCGAGCAGCAGGUGAAGCUGUCAAUUUUUCAACUGAUAGACAAUUUCGAGAUUUCUUUGUGCGAGAAAUCAAAACACCCGUUACAACUUAAUCAUAAGGCUGGAUUUCUUCAGCCUAUCGGUGGCAUUUGGCUUCGCCUGUCCCGCAGUAUCGUUUCUAAUUCGAAUGUCAGGUCUGACAAGUGAAAGUUGAUCACGUCAAGUCUAUUUUCGAAGGAAUAAUAAAUUUCUGGUUAAUAAAUUUUA